AAAAACAUAAGAAUAAAAUUCAAACCAUGUGCUGGUAAUCGUACUGUGGCCAUGGUUAGGUUUUUGUUUUUGUGAGAGACAGAGAGAGAAAGCAGCGGCCUUUUCCUUUGGGAAGAGAGAAAGCACCGGCCUUGGGUACCUUGGUAUUCGCUUUGUUGUGACUUGAGAGACUCCACUUUUCGUAUUACGAAUCAAAGAGGGAAAGUAAGCCGUCCCUGAAUCUAUACGAUACAUAUAAUACAAAAUUUCAGAUUUCCUCUUCUGAGAACCUGUUUUUUUCUUAUUGAAUUAUCAUUCCCAGGGGAAGCACCAAUCCACCUAGUUAACGUUUGAGGUGCAAUGGAUUGGGCUUUUAUACAAAAAUCUUGGGACAAGUGGGUUUCCAGCAAUAUUGGCUCUUCUGGUGAGCCAUUGAAGGCUGCGUUGCUGAUUAAUUAUGAUCCGUUCAGACCCUCUCGUUUGUUGUCUACCAUUGCUGAACAGGAAGGAAUAAAGAUCAACCCCAUUGAACUGAGUCAAUUUGUCAGUUUCAUCAAGCGAAACAAACUGCAGACAGAGACUUUCAAUAUUGGGCAUAACCAAUACAUGGUUACAUCAAUUCAUGAGAAUUGGUUCUGUGCAAGGUGCCUGAACACAUCGAAAUCUACUGGCGAAGGUGCUAUCAUCAUGCAAUCAUCCACAUUUCUCUUGGUGGCACUAUAUGAUGGGUCAAUUGGCUCAGCGUCUCGUGCUAUGGUGUCUGUUGAUCAACUUGUUUGGCUGUUGAGUCGAAGAAACCUUUAACCUUGGCUUCCUUAGUAGAUUAAUUAAAUUGACUAAUUGUUGGAAGCAAGUUGUAGAAAUCAUGUUUCAGACUGGGGUGCCCAUAUGUGUUUGAUAUGCUGAAUUUAAACUUCAGGCGAUAAGGGAUCUGACUUGCAUCAAAACAGCAAACGUUGAUGGAGUAAGUCAAAUGGCCAAUGAUGAAAUGCUAGUUUGCAGUAUGUAUAUGCUCGAAUAUGACCAAAUAUAGCACUGCCCGAAUCCAUACAAUGAAGAUGAAAGUAGUAGUCAGUUGAACAAUGGCGGUUUAGAUUUUAACUUAGGACUUGCAAAGUAAAUGUAAUGGCAACUUAACUAGUGCUGUUGCCAUGUUUUGUCUUAGUUAGGGGUGGCAUCCAAUCAGGUGCUAAAUGAUGUGAUAAUAUGAAUGGGGCGGGAAAGCCAAUCUGAAACAGGGCAUGGCAUCUACUUGUAGACUCUUAGUUAGCUAAUGAUGAGAUACGUCCAACAAUUUGCACCUGCCUAAGAUUUACAAGAGUGCUUUUUGUUCUACAGUUUUCCGCUUCCGCAGCCUGAGCAAGACACUGAUGUUUGCCUUUGUGUGGAAAAUACCAAAAGAGUAGCAUGCUUGCCACCCCUUUCCCUUACGUUUUCCCUUCACCUUUCUGCUCAUUCCAAAAGAAGACAUUUCUGUUUCCCAAUGGUCGCCAAAUGGAAUGCUAAUGCUACCAAGUCUGAGAGGGAUGUCAGCCUGCAACCUAUUACUAUUUGCUUUAAGCCUUUCACGGUAAAACACAGGAGAUUCCUGUGCACUUUGUCAGACAUGGUUGCUCGCUUGACCCAUACAUGAUACAUAAAGCUACUGUCGAUUGAUUUGACUACCACACACCACAACUGAAGCCAUCAUUUUUUCUUUUUGACUUUUUUUAGGAAGAAGAAAAAAUUAGAGUGCGGUGGUGUCAUCUUUCUGAUGAGUCGAAGAUUUAGCGAUCUGCUCAAGGAUAUUUUGUCGAGCAUACGAGUUAAUAAUAUAUUUCUUGGUAAGGUUUAAAAAAAAAAAAAAAACCAACCAACAAAAUGAACAAUGAAUUUCUUUUCCAUCCCUCUCCACUCUUCAACCAAUACAAACCCUUCCUCCACUUUGUCCUUUCAUUCCCAGCUGAGUUGUACAAAUUGCAAGUUCAGCCCAUUUCUCCCAACCUAAAUGAUCUUUAUUCUGCACCCAAAAGUGAUCAUCAACCACCCACGAUAAAGUACAUGCAGGCAGAAAAAGACUCAACAUCCUAAAGCAUCAUGCUCAAGAUUAUUGGUUCCCUUCUCUCUUUUUCCUUUUCCUUUUGUCACCAAUAAUCUUUUCCAUGGUUAAAGCCUUACAAUCUCCAACAGUUGCCACUGCUCCUCAGCAAGUAUGGAGAAAAACCGAAACCUCUAGUUCUCUGCAGGCAACGAAUCAGGUCUGCAAAUAUCCCCACGACAAAGAGGGCAUACCCUGCAAGCCAUAAACAAGUCAGCAAAGUGUAUAGACAUCCGUACAACCUUUUAUGGCCAAAUGUGUUAGCAUCCACAAUAGGUGAACUGAAAAGAAAGAAAACUAAUGCCACCAUACAAGAUGGCAUUCAGGAGGAAACAUAGGGCCAGUUCAGCUUCAGAAAAGUUAUCCAUUUUCAGAUUUCCAUCUCCAUUUUUGCUUAUACACGAUCAACAAAUAAAGUAAAUCACAAAAUGUUGAAACUCUUGGUUUCAAUUUUCUAGAAAGCUAUUUUAAAUUGUUUUCCACCUUUUUUACUACCCUAGUUUUCUAAAAAUGGAGAUGGAAAGUGCAAAGCAUUUUCCAAACUGAACAGAACCUUGACAUUUUCAAAGUUUGAAAACAAUAGGUCAUUACUACAACAGGCAAAGCCUGUGUGGGUGUUUGUCAAAGAUAUUCAUGCAUGCAAGUGGCACAGAAGCUGUAGUAUUGCCUUCCAGCUCACUGUUAGGGAUAAGGAAAACUGUUGACUGAAGGUCAACAAGUAUAUGAUAUUUCUGUUUUCAUUUUGGCCAAGUGAAUUCAAACAACCUUGCUAAAAGGAAAAGUUUACAGGGUUUUCUAGCAAUCGUUCCAAGGUCUACACAAUGAAAGUGUCAAUCAUAGCAAUUAGACAGGGCUCCGUCUAGCAAAAAGUAGUUAAAAGAAAGUUGAUAUAAAACAAGAAAGUAUUGAUUAUGGCAAUUAUUCAAAGAUAUUAAUAGCCAGAAAGAAUUAGUUCCCUUAUUAAAUUGGUGUGGCCUUGCAGAUCUGUUAAUGUUAUUCUAAUGAGACAAAAGAAUUUAAUUCCCCAUACAUUCCACCUCCAGGUUAGGCAGCAAGAAAGUGUGGCAAAUCCUUCACACACAUGUAAAGGACGAAAAUGCCUUUGAUUAGGUAGCAAUCAACAGCUCAUUUAAUAAAAAUUACAAAGAUGGAAAGUAAGGGGUA